UAGAGUAAUCGAAAAGCGAGAAUAAUGUCAAAGAAGAAAAGGACUCGAAACAGAAAAAAUACCGGAUUUAGUAGAGCAGUUGGAGAGCAGGUGAAGAGAUCUCGUCUGCAUCGGUGGAACUGGUGAGAGAGAGAAGAGAGCCAAAUCAGUGGAGCAGUUGAAGAAGAACAAAACGAAAAACCUUGUCGAAUCGAUCUCAGAGAUUUUGCAUAAGAAUACAAAAUCGCUCACCACAAAAAAGCACCAAAUUAACAAAUCGAUCGGAAAAUCCACAAUGAACUCUCCGAAUUCGUCUUCCAUCUCGUCGACGCCACGGCAGCACCAGUCUAAUUCGAAGCCAUGGAGGCCGUUGACGACGAGCUGCUGCUCCGUCGAGGACCAGACGAUCCUCGGACGGCUGAGCCGGCCCUGCCGGCCGUCCAGGUCGUCGGAGCUGUCGAAGAACAUAGCGCCGAUGCCGUCGUUCCGGAGGCUGUCGUUCUCGGACCUGAGCCGGUCAUCGUCGGUGCGGAUCAACGAGGACCUGGCGCAGAACUUCGGGGCCGAGUUGUACGACUUUCAGCUCAGUGAGUUGCGCGCCAUAACGCAGAACUUCUCGAGCAAUUUCCUGUUGGGAGAAGGAGGAUUUGGGACGGUGCAUAAGGGGUAUAUGGAUGAGAAUCUGAGGCAGGGCUUGAAGGCGCAGGCUGUGGCGGUUAAGCUUCUUGAUAUUGAAGGUUUGCAAGGACAUCGCGAAUGGCUUGCGGAAGUGAUAUUUUUGGGGCAACUCAGGCAUCCAAAUUUAGUAAAAUUAAUUGGAUAUUGUUGUGAGGAUGAAGAAAGGUUGCUCGUCUAUGAAUUUAUGCCCCGCGGAAGCUUAGAGAAUCACUUGUUCAAAAGAUUGUCAGUAUCAUUGCCAUGGGGGACAAGAUUAAGAAUUGCAAUUGGAGCAGCCAAAGGUCUUGCUUUCUUGCAUGGAGCAGAGAAUCCAGUCAUAUACCGAGACUUCAAAACUUCAAAUGUCUUACUAGACUCAGAUUUUACAGCCAAAUUGUCUGAUUUUGGACUUGCAAAGAUGGGACCUGAAGGAUCAGACACGCAUGUCACUACAAGAGUCAUGGGUACCUAUGGAUAUGCAGCACCUGAAUACGUCUCAACAGGGCACUUAACAACAAAGAGUGACGUCUACAGCUUCGGAGUAGUCCUGCUAGAGCUCUUAACAGGAAGAAGGGCAAUGGAUAAAUCGAGACCGAAAACCGAACAAUACCUCGUCGAUUGGGCAAAACCAUACUUAACGAGUAGCCGAAGGCUGCGCUACAUUAUGGACCCAAGACUUGCAGGGCAGUACUCUGAGAAGGGGGCAAAGCAAAUGGCCCUUCUGGCAUUACAAUGCAUAAGUUUGAAACCCAAAGACAGGCCUAAGAUGCCAACCAUUAUUGAAACUCUUGAAAGCCUUCAGAAUUUCAAGGACAUGGCAGUCACUUGUGGGCAAUGGCCGGUAUCAACAAAGUCAACGAGGAAUGGGGCUUCUGCUAAAGUCAAAUUGGAGGUUAGAGGUGGGAAUUUCAGGAAAUCUUCUCCAAUCUUUACUCCAAGCAAUAAAACAUGAAAGCCAAUUUUAAGUGUAAAAUAGUAGUGUAUCAUGUAUUUCGAGGUAACAAGUUUGAUAGAUGACGAGCAAUGCAUGUUGGGUUGACAAUGUACAUUGGUCAUCAUUAAUGGUGUAUAUAUAUGCAUAUAUAUGUGUGUGAUCUCUUUUUUUUUUUUUUGUAAAAUAAAAUGUAAAUGCAACAUUGAGGGCUUGAG